AUGACUCCUUUAACAAAAUAUUAUGCAAAAAUUUUCGGUAUUGGCUUCGCGUUGGGUGCAGGAAUGGAAGUUCUGUUAAUUAAAAGUAAUUAUUAUCAAAUGCUUGCAGCUUCCGAAGCAAAGCAACGAUUAAAAGAAAUGCAAAAAGAACAGGAAGAUGCUGAACGAUUUAAACGUUUAAAGUCAGCGUCAGAAUCUUCAGACUAA